CUGAAACUCAGAUGACCCUGAGGAUUAACAGGUGUUGGAUCAGGUUCAUUGUGAGUUGAAGAGUGAGCUGUCAGGUUGCAGUGAUGUUCAAAGACGUCUUGACCUAUGUUCUCUCCUUGAGUAGUUUUUUGUACCAGGUCAUCGUUCCUUGCUCGCUACCUGAGCAGUUGUUUGUCAAGACCAUCAACCAAGAGCAGUAUCUGGGGAGAUGGUACUUUCAAGCUGCAGUCAGCAACAGAGAGGCUGACAUCCAGAAGUUCAGACAGCUGGACAACCUCUGGUUCACCUUGGAGAAGACAGCCAAUGACACGCUGCUUCUGACCGGACAUAUGCGCAUGGGAGACGACUGCGUGAACCAAUCCUGGACCUAUCAUAUACGUCCUGACAGGGAUGAUAUGAUACUGGAAGGAAGGACGUUUCGGUGGAGCCUGCUGUGGAGCGGCAAGUGGGCCAACUGCCCCGAGUGCAUCAUUUUACAAGAAAAAGAGCCGCCUCUUAGUCCGUCUGACUCAGUGGACUCCCUCAACAGAUUCAUGCUGUAUGCUCGCCAGGGUGACGUCAACACUGCCGUGGUGUCAGCGUUCGUGUCAAACGCAGCUUGUAACAACAUGUCAGUAAGCGUCACACUGCCUCAGAAUAAAGAGUUUUGCACCUAAAUACAAUCACUGAGGCUCUUGGUUCUACACAAUUUCUCACAUGGUGUUGCUGGAGCCGUGGACAUCCUGAAUGACAAUAAGAUAAUUAGCGGAUUUCCCUGUAAAAGUGGAACGAAUAAAGCAGUUUUUCCUUCAAGA